GUACUCUAGUUUCAGGCCUAUGAGAUAAGAAUAGGAAGUUAUUAAAGUAAAAAAACCAAAAAAAAAAAAAAAACCUGCCAUAACACUGUCAGUGAGGUGUGGGGUUGUUAUGGGCAUCCUUGGCGCAGUCAAUGUGACAACUCCAGUUCCUUUCAUUUAACUAGAUCAGAAUCGAGUCUCUUAAACUCCCUGACUGCCUGCCUGCCUCCCCGUUUCAGGUUCCCAAACCUGGUUGAGGCUGGCUGUCCGGUUAAUGCAUAGAGUAAAGAAGUUGAAGCUUGAAGACGAAACAGAAGGCAGUUUUAAAAGGUACAUUAUUGUUUUUCCGCAGCGAGGAUGACUGCUGUGGACGUGCUCUCAGACAGUACAGAAGUGGUGGAGAUGGAGGACGUCCCCUCCCAGUUCUUCGUAGAGAAGCACUCCUGGGAUGGGCUGCGGGACAUCAUUCAUAGCAGCCGCAAAUAUUCGGGGAUGAUCAUCAACAAGGCUCCCCACGACUUCCAGUUUGUGCAGAAACAGGACGACUCGGGACCUCACUCCCACCGCCUCUACUACCUCGGAAUGCCCUACGGGAGCAGAGAGAACUCGCUGCUUUACUCCGAGAUUCCCAAGAAAGUUCGUAAAGAGGCCCUGCUGGUGCUGUCCUGGAAACAGAUGCUCGACCACUUUCAGGCGACGCCCAACCACGGCGUGUACUCUCGGGAGGAGGAGCUGCUUCGUGAAAGGAAGCGACUGGGUGUGUUCGGGAUCACCUCCUACGACUACCACCCCCACAGCGGCCUCUUCCUCUUCCAGGCCAGCAACAGCCUGUUCUACUGCCGGGACGGGGGGCGCAACGGGUUCAUUCAGGUGUCCCCAAUGAAACCAGCUGAGAUAAAGACGCAGUGUUCGGGAACUCGCAUGGACCCCAAAAUCUGCCCGGGGGACCCUACUUUCAUCUCGUUUAUCAAUAACAACGAUCUCUGGAUAGCCAACAUCGAAACGGGAGAGGAGAAACGGCUAACCUUCUGCCACAAAGGUUUGAAUAACGUGAAGGAGGACCCGAAGUCUGCUGGUGUGGCCACAUUCGUGAUUCAGGAGGAGUUUGAUCGAUUCACAGGGUACUGGUGGUCACCGACCGCCACAGAAGACUCGGACGGGGGGAAGACUCUCCACCUGCUCUAUGAGGAAGUGGACGAAUCAGACGUGGAGAUCAUUCACGUACCCUCUCCGGCUCUGGAGGAGCGCAAAGCCGACGCAUACCGGUACCCCCGCACAGGCAGUAAGAAUCCCAAAAUCACCCUCAAACUCUCGGAGAUCAAGACGGACCAUCUCGGAAGGAUCAUUAGCACACAGGACAAGGAGCUGGUACUUCCCUUCACCACGCUGUUUCCUACAGCGGAGUACAUAGCUCGAGCGGGCUGGACUAAAGAGGGCAAACAUGCCUGGGCGGUGCUUCUGGACCGUACCCAGCAGAGGCUGCAGCUGGUCCUGCUCCCCCCAGCGCUCUUCACCCCGGUCACCAGCGACGAGGCUGUGCGGCAGGACUACGUGGACGCUGUUCCAGACAGCGUGCAUCCAUUCAUUAUCUACGAGGAGGUGACCGACAUCUGGAUAAACGUUCAUGAUAUCUUCUACCCCUUCCUCCAAACGAAGGAUGACGAGAUCACCUUUAUCUGGGUUAAUGAAUCCAAGACAGGCUUCUGCCACCUCUACAGAAUCACGUCAUUGCUGCAGCCAGGGAGCUAUCAGUGGUCACGGAAUUACAGCCAUAGUGAAGGAGAUUUUAAAUGCCCAAUUAAAGAAGAGGUGACACUAACCAGUGGGGAGUGGGAGGUGCUGGCAAGACACAGUUCAAAGAUCUGGGUGAACGAAGCUACAAAGUUAGUGUAUUUCCAGGCUACUAAAGACACCCCUUUAGAGCAGCACCUCUACGUUGUGAGUUAUGAGUCUCCGGGCGACAUCGUGAGGCUCACCAAACCAGGCUUCUCACAUAGCUGUUCAAUGAGCCAGAAUUUCGACAUGUUCAUCAGCCACUACAGCAGUGUCAGCACGCCGCCCUGCGUUCACGUCUACAGGCUGGUGGGAUCAGAGCGCGAGCCUCUGCACAAAGAGCCUGAGUUCUGGGCCAGCAUGAUGGAGGCCGCAGGUUGUCCUCCAGAUUAUAUUCCUCCUGAGAUCUUCGACUUCCCGGGGAAGUCUGGGUUUCAGCUGUAUGGAAUGGUGUACAAACCCCAUAACCUUCAGCCCGGACGCAAGCAUCCCACACUGCAGUUCGUGUAUGGGGGGCCACAGGUCCAGCUGGUCAAUAACUCGUUCAAGGGGGUGAAGUACCUGCGCUUGAACACCUUGGCGUCUCUGGGGUACGUGGUGGUGGUGAUCGAUGGCAGGGGAUCCUGUCAGAGGGGGCUCAAGUUUGAAGGGGCUCUCAGAAACAGCAUGGGGCAGGUAGAGAUCGAGGACCAGGUGGAAGGGCUGCAGUACGUAGCUGAGAAGUACAACUUUGUGGACCUGAGUCGCGUGGCCAUCCACGGCUGGUCCUACGGGGGCUUCCUGUCACUCAUGGGACUCAUUCACCGGCCCAACGUCUUUAAGGUUGCGAUCGCGGGGGCCCCUGUCACUGUAUGGAUGGCCUACGAUACUGGAUACACCGAACGGUACAUGGACAUCCCCGAGAACAACCAGCAAGGCUACGAGGCUGGCUCGGUGGCACUGCACGUGGACAAGCUACCCAAUGAGCCAAACCGUUUGCUGAUCUUGCAUGGAUUUCUUGAUGAGAAUGUGCACUUUUUUCACACCAACUUCCUGGUGUCGCAGCUGAUCCGAGCUGGGAAGCCCUAUCAGCUGCAGAUCUACCCCAACGAGAGACACAGUAUUCGUUGCCCAGAAUCAGGCGAGCACUACGAGAUAAUGCUGCUGCACUUUCUACAACAAUACCUUUGAGAAUACCUCGACUCGGUCACCCUAUCCCUCUCCAGCGCUCUCCACGCGACUCCGGACACCUGGUCUCCCUGCGAUAGUCAGUGUCGACCCCUGAGGGACCUCUCGCCACGCUGGCAUGACGGACAGGAGAGCAGCGCUCCUGGAACAUCAAACCCACAAAAGGGCCAAGGGCUGCCGUUUUACAACAAGAACUUGCUAUUAAAACUCCUCUGGAACUGAAUAUAACUGGCUAGUAACUUGCAUCAUUUGGUGUGCCACAUCCAUCUUCGUUGAGCGCCCCACCCACCUCGUUUACCGUCAGCUGAUUUUAGUGGAACCCGACUCAUGAACUUGCCAAACAACGUGGUCACUGGCUGGUGGCUCAUGCAGACUGACGUACACACACGUGAAAACGCACGACACAAACAAGAUCUUUUUAUUCUUUUUUUUUUUUUUAAUUUUGUUUUUUAAAUUGUCUGCAGUAGCGCUAAACAGACAUCAAGGUUUCCUCUUAAUUUAAAUGCAACCUCUUGUCUGUUUUCUGGGGAAGCUGCCAGCCACCACUACCAGUACCCAGUAUUUUAAGUGUGUAUUAUUAAAAUAAAAUAUUUUUAUGGAUUCUUAUUCUUUUAUAAUGAGUGUAAGGUGUAGUGGCUCAUUAAAAUAAUAGAAGCUGA